CAGCGACUUAAUCCGGACCGUGGAUGCGGGCUGAAGGAACCUGUUCGCGAUAACAAAAUAAAACACUCAUCCAAAACAAGAGCUCAGGAUAAAGAUGAUCUCGACUUCGCUUGACGUGUUUCACUUGGGCGACCGGAGAGUUUGGUCAAUGUGACAUUGCUCGAGUUUAUUGUUCUGGUCCCGGACGCAGACCGGCGAUCUCGCGUUGAGAAGAUGUUGAGUCGGCUGAUGAGUGGCAGCGUCAGAAACCUGGAGAGAGAAUACCUGUGUACCGUCCGUCUGCUGGAUGAUACGGAGUAUACCUGCACCAUUCAGAGAGAUGCCAAAGGCCAGUAUUUGUUCGAUCUCAUUUGCCAUCAUCUAAACCUGCUGGAGAAGGACUAUUUUGGCAUUAGAUAUGUGGAUCCAGAUAAGCAACGGCACUGGCUGGAGUUCACCAAAUCUAUUUCUAAGCAGAUGAAAUCACAACCUCCAUUCACAUUGUGUCUACGGGUGAAGUUUUAUCCACCAGACCCUGCUGCUCUUAAAGAGGAAAUCACCAGGUAUCUCGUCUUCCUGCAGAUCAAGAGAGAUCUGUACCAUGGUCGUCUCCUCUGUAAAACAUCUGAUGCAGCCAUGUUGGCGGCGCACAUUUUACAAGCUGAGAUUGGAGACUAUGACCCAGGAAAGCACCCAGAAGGUUACAGCUCCAAGUUCCAGUUCUUCCCAAAGCACUCAGAGAAGCUGGAAAGAAGAAUUGCUGACAUUCACAAGACUGAGUUAAUAGGUCAGACUCCAGAUACAUCUGAACUGAAGUUCCUGCAGAAAGCGCAAAUGCUUGAAACGUACGGUGUGGAUCCUCAUCCAUGCAAGGAUGUGUCCGGGAACCCGGCUUUUCUUGCCUUUACACCCUUUGGCUUUGUCGUGCUUCAGGGAAACAAGAGAGUCCAUUUCUUGAAAUGGAAUGAGGUGACCAAACUGAAGUUUGAGGGCAAGACAUUCCAUAUAUAUGCAAAUCAGAAAGAGGAUAGAAAGAUCAUUUUGACAUACUUCGCGCCAACCCCGGAGGCCUGCAAGCAUCUUUGGAAAUGCGGCGUUGAAAAUCAAGCCUUUUACAAGUUGGAAAAGUCGAGCCAGGUCCGUACGGUGUCCAGCAGCAAUCUGUUCUUCAAGGGCAGUCGUUUUCGCUACAGUGGAAGAGUUGCCAAAGAGGUAAUGGAGCAGAGUGCAAAAAUUAAACGGGAACCUCCAGAAAUACACAGGGCUGGCCUGGUGCCUAGCAGAAGCUGUCCAUCCAUCACUCACGGGCCGCGGUUGACCAGUGUACCGCGCACCCGCCGGAGAGCUGUGCAUAUAUCCAUCAUGGAAGGUUUGGAAUCAUUGCGGGACAGUGCCCACUCCACCCCUGUGCGCUCCGUGUCUCACAGCGACUGCUUCAUGCCGCGUUCCCGCAGCCAGGCGACGGAUCAUGGCGACGGCACUGCGAUCAUCUCAGACGAGACCUACAGUCCUUCCAACAGCGUUCUGCCCACACCGGUGGCGGAGCACAGCCUGGAUCUGCCCACCUCGCGUCAGAACAACGGUGCCCCCCGCAGCAUAGAAGAGGAGUCCGAGGCGGGAACGCCCACCACGGGCGACGUGGCAGAUUUCAGCGUGGACAGUAGGGCGACAGGCCCCGCGCAGACCUCAGGCGGGGAGGUCGCGCUGAGCGAGGCGGAACAGGUGAAUAAGUUUGUCUUAAGUGUACUCCGUCUGCUCCUUGUGACCAUUGGACUCCUCUUUGUCUUGCUCCUCCUCCUCAUCAUCCUCACAGAGUCCGACCUUGAUAUUGCAUUUUUACGUGAUAUCCGCCAGACCCCCGAGUUUGAGCAGUUCCAUUACGAAUACUUUUGUCCCCUCAGACGGUGGUUUGCCUGCAAGCUCCGCUGGGUGGGCGGGCUGCUCAUUAACAAGUGAAAGUGAGGGGCUAACGCUCGUAAAGCCUCCCUUGUUGGGGUCGAGAUGACGCUAAACACGUGGAGAGAGAUGGAGGGCAUCGACCUGUCCCAUGAAUCCAGCUUUAUUCAUGAUACGUCUGCUGAUGUGAGGUGGAGCAGCAGACCACAACAGCUCCCGUUCUCCUCCACUUUCAGUUUAUUCUGCCCCAGUGUCCUUUUGCAUUUUUACUCCUUUUUGUCCGUUUGUUUUUCAAAUUUUUUUUUUUACAAAGACAGAAAACCUUUUUCAUUGUUUUUUUCAGAUUUCUUUGGAAUUUCAGGUCAUUUAAGGUAUUUUAUUUUUACAAAAAAAUGAGAAAAAAGAAAAAUACUUGAAAUCCAAUUGAACUGAAUUAUAUGGUUCCUUAAAUGGGGAUGAAAUAUUUUGUUGCAACAAGAGAACGUUGCCUUCAUUUAUAUUUAUUUGUAUUGAUUACUAAAGUCUGCAGGAAUGUGUAGAGUGAGGCAUGUUGGGAACGAGUGGAAAUGUGGAAAACCACUGCUUUUCGGAGAGAUUAUGCAUACAUCCACCAGUCAUCUAACUCUUGUUUUCAAAGGCUGCUAUAAUUUACAAAAGUGAUGAUCAGAUGUGCAGAGGGUUAUAUGUCAUGUUAGAAUGUGCAAGUUAUUUCAGAAGUGAGACUUGGGGAAAGAUUGGAAGCAAUGUUAUUGAAUAAUAAAAAUGGCUACCUUUGAUUUUUGUAUACGGUGGCUUGAUUUUAGGGUGUCAUACGUUAUAGGAAUAUAAUUGUGUUUAGGCGGUAGGAAUUUGUGAAGUAGAAAACAUUUUUAAAGGUUCUUUCUAUUGGAUCCAAAACAAUUGGUAUCAAUUGUGUUUUGUCAUGUGACCCACUAGUGUCUGUUAAAGAAUUUUCUAUCGCUGACUUAAAGCAAGUAGCUCCCAUAGUUCCAGUCUAGCUAGAUGUGCAAUAUUGUUUAAGAAGGGCAUCCGUUUCUUUUUAUUUCUGAGAAUGUGCAUUUGCUUUUCUUUAUUUCCUGUCAUCCCGAGUCUUUCUAAACAGAAAGACGUCCCAUUGUAUAAAAGAAAUAUUUUUUUUAUUCCAUAUCAGCCUUGCUCUUAAGUUUGAACUCUGUGCAUAUCAUGCUAUGAUUAUUCUUAAUUACAAUAACAAUGCUGUACUUUUUGUACAAAAGUAGUUAGUUUCCUAAUAUAUCGACAGUUUUCCAUGUAUAUUUUAACAGAACUGAAAUGUUAUUUUGUUAUUGAAGAUUAAAUUAUACCUUUUUUA